UGCUGCUGGAGGUGGAGUGACAGAUUCUGUGAUAUUUCCUGCACCCAACUUCCUUCGUUAAGGGUUUCUGAAUUCUUGAUCCAAAUAUUGAGUGGAUUCUGUCUUGGUGUGAAUCUAGAGAAGAACAUUAAUCGAUUGCAUUCAAUAAUCAAAUAGUUUCUGCACUGGGAUCCGAUCCACAGUGGAUAGGCGACCAAAGAAGUACGUGGGAAUCACGAAUCUGAUGCAACUUCAUUCAUCUUACUCAGUUACUCAACUUGUACUACUACACUCCAUCACCACCAAGAUCCCCAGAUCGCCGGAGCUAGGGCACUCACCGCCAUGACGAGACCUCUGAAACCCUCAUCAAGAAGACCUGCAUUUGUUCAUCUCAUAUGCGCUGCAACCAUUUUUUCAGUCCUUGUUUUCGCCAUUCAAUCGUUUUUCUUCACUGGUAGUCAGACCAAAUAUCUCAACACAGAAGACGUCCAGAUCUUAUCUGAUUUUCAGUCCGAUGUCCAGCAAUGCGUGGCAAACAGAGGAUUUGGACUUGCUGCACAUAUCAUUGACCACUGCAAAUUGGUUCUUAAGUUUCCUGAAGGGACUAAUAGCACCUGGUUGAACCCACAGUUCAAGACUUACGAGCCACUAGAGUAUACAUAUGAUGUUUGUGAGGCAGUUCUCCUGUGGGAACAGUACCGUAACAUGACGACAGUUUUGACAAGAGAGUAUUUGGAUGCACGGCCUGAUGGCUGGAUGGACUAUGCAGCCAAAAGGAUAGCACAAUUAGGUGCAAAGAAUUGCAACAAUCGGACACUUUGUGAGGAGCACCUUAAUCCGAUUUUGCCAGCCAAACCACCAUUUCACCCUCGCCAGUUUCAGAAAUGUGCGGUUGUUGGAAACUCAGGAGAUCUGCUAAAGACUGAAUUUGGUAAAGAAAUUGAUAGUCAUGAUGCAGUCAUAAGAGACAAUGAGGCACCGGUCAACGAGAAAUAUGCAAAACACGUUGGUUUAAAGAGGGACUUUCGACUAGGAGUUAGGGGAACUGCUCGUAACAUGGUUACCAUCCUCAAUGGAUCAGAUGAUGAGGUGCUUGUUAUCAAAAGUGUGACUCACAGAGACUUCAACAAGAUGAUCGAUACGAUUCCAAAUCCAGUCUAUCUCUUCCAGGGUAUUGUAUUGCGCAGAGGUGCCAAAGGAACUGGGAUGAAAUCAAUUGAGCUGGCACUUUCUAUGUGUGAUAUUGUUGACAUAUAUGGUUUCACUGUGGAUCCUGGCUAUACUGAAUGGACCAGAUACUUCUCUGAACCACGAAAAGGUCACAAUCCACUUCAAGGAAGGGCGUACUAUCAACUCCUAGAAUGCCUUGGUGUAAUUAGGAUACACUCUCCUAUGAGAGCAAAAAGGGUGCAAGACUGGUCGGAUGUGCCAACCCGUGAGAAGAUAGGUAGAGCUCAUGCAGCUGCCAUGCGACUAAAGAGGAGUCAAGAAGGUGGAGAUGGUGCAGUAGGACAAUUUAGCAACUGUAAGGUGUGGGGCAAUGCAGGUCCGUAUGGCAGUGGACCCGUAUCCGGGUCUAGAGAUAUGAGUAGCAAGAGGAAGAAUUCAAAUUACAGUAAAUGGGAAGUUAUGCCUUUUAAGAGCCUGAGACAAGAAGCACAGGAACACUAUGUCCAGAUGGAAGGUGUGUCGGUGUAUAAAAUGGAUGGCAACAAAUUAGAUGAUCUGGUGUGCGUGAAGCAUCCGUUGGAAUCUGAUGCAUAGCCUUUCUGCCUGCUGAUUUGGUGUUGUAAAUUCUAUGGAACACACACAACACACAACUUCCUGGAUGGGUGAUUCUUUCUAUACUAAAUGAGAUUAUGGUAAUCCGGAAAUGAGAGCCGAAGAAACUGUGUCAAGCAUCUUGUUGGUUGUGUGGAGAGAUGGCAAAGAAACACGAGGAUUUGAAGAAAGUUGUUGUAUACGUUUAGUUAUAUCUUGACAUGCAACAUUGAAAUAACAUUCAUAUUUUAUUCA